AGUCUCAGCCAGGAGACAAAGAGUGUUGAAGACACCUCCAGUGAUGCAUAUUCUUCAAAGAGCCAGGCUUCACAAGCUCCUCAGAUACCAGGCUUCUACUACGACCCUGAUCAGAAGAAGUACUUCAAGAUCCUUUCCAGUAAUAACAAUGUGAAUGUUGUCACAAAGGAAAAGAUUGCAAGGGAUCAAGCAGAAAAACAGAGACUUAAAGAUUUGUCUGAACUUGUGUCUUCAAAUCGACUUAACUCUAAUCCUAACUUGCCAAAACUGACAAGCAAUGUAGUUCACAUACUCUGUAGAAAUGAAAGAGGUGGUAUUGGUCGGACACAGCUUGAGAAUCAGAUGGUGGUGUCAGACAUUAGGUCUCUGAAGCCAGCUGGGUCUUGGGUUGUGUUUGAUGAUCCUCAUGGAGUUCAUGAAGCCCUGGAGCACAUGAUCAUGAUGGACACUAGCAAGGAGAAGGACAAGAUCCUUGGACUGUGGUCGGUGAAGGAGACGGUGAUGCAGAGGCUGCAACUGUUGCAUCUUGAGGAGAAGCAGAGGACGGAAACCAGUGCUACACUCUCGGUUGAUGUCGGUGCUACAGGGACUACUGUUCUUCAGUCUUGGAAUAAAAUCUCUAACGUAUGUUGGGCUCCAUUUAUCAAGUCUCCCGAUCGAAACCAUGUGUUGUACACCACAAUAUGCCAUACUGGCAACUCAUGUAGUUUAGCUUUUAUCAGGAACCUGGACAGGACUCGGCGCCAGGAGGAGUACUUUGAUUUUGAUCUUGGGCCCAGGGCGACCUGGACGUGCGCGUGGAACUAUCCCCGGCAACAGUUUAGUGUGGGCAGUGAGAAGUGCUCACUGUUGGUGGACGUGGAGACGAGGAGGAUGUGGGAGUUUCCAUGUUCAAGUGAUCCCUUUGCCCAGAUAUUCUCACCCAAUUCAGGACAAAUCCUGUACAGUGGUGGGAGAAAUGGGGCCAUCUUGUGCCAUGAUCUUCGCAACCUCCCAACUCAACCAAACUCCUACCUCGGACACAAAACAAGCAUUUCCUCUCUCAGGAUUAGCAGUUCGGAGAAUGAAUUGUUCUCAAGUGACAUUUCAGGGAGGGUGAAGAUGUGGGAUGUACGCAUGCAGCAGGCUGUGAUUGAGUAUUCCGGACUCUUCAACCGUUACAGUCGGAUACCACUACACCUGGAUGAGACAGAGCAGGUGUUGUAUGGAGCUGGACAGGAUUGCUACACCAGAUUCUGGUCUGUGAAGACUGGCCAGCUGCUGAAGACUGUGCCUCCUCCAUGCCCAGUGACAAGGGAGACAAUCCCAGCCGUGCAGUACUCAACACGAUGGGCAGACAAAAAGGGGAACUCAGGGCUCAUCAUGGGUAUUGGAGAUAAACUGUAUUACUACUGUAGGUCUAUAUGACAACACCUCAUCAUCUCUGCUUCUUGCAGACAAAGACUCAUCACCAACAGGUGCUCUCACCUCUGCUAAAACAUGCUGUUAUUUAAUACUACACAUGAUAGAGGCAGAUUAUUGGAUAGCUUUAAUUUGUUUGCUGAGAAAGCAUAGUAUUGUCAUGUGAUGACUGAGAGACAGAGGUGUAUUGUUAGUGUUGGCAACUUGUAAUACUUAAGUUAAUUUGAUAUAACUGUACCAGCCCUCUGACACUAGUUCUGUGGAAGUAUGGUGAGAGAUGCAGUGUUGUGGUAAACAUGGUAAGACUAGCAGAACUGUUACCAUGGUUAUACUACAUUUAUUAUGAAUGUUAAUAUGUUGUGCAUGUUAAUGCAGAGAUAACCAUGGUAUAGUACGUAACCUGUACGCAAGACGUACAGGUUACCCAUUAUGUGUAAAAGUGAUUACCUGAGAGGGGGUCACACAUUCGUGUGCCUCUCUGACCACAGACAGGGGAAUUUUACAUAACUAUC